AUGGAUAAUGUUAUCAAUGAAGCUCUCGAGCAAGUAAAUUUUGGCAAGCUCCAGGAUAAGCAAGGCUCUAUCGUUAAGCGACAUCUCGGGAUGGUAAAACCGGAAAGUCAUGGGCCAGAAGCAUCAAUUAAACCCAGAGAUGGCGCUGCUGGACUUCCAAUUCCAGAGCUUGAAAAACCAUGGACGAAUUGGGCGCAUACUAUUACCUUUACACCAAAGUAUACUUUCCGUCCACAGAACCUCGACCAACUGAUUGCCUGCGUAAAAAAAGCGAAUAAUGAGAACUUAAAAAUUCGAUGUGCUGGUGAAGGCCAUAGCUGGAGUACGAUCUCAGUGACACAGAGUUGUUUGCUAUUGAUGAAUGAUUUGACAGAAGUAACGGUAGAACAACAAUCAAAUGGUGAUUGGGUGCUCCAUGCAGAAGCUGGUGCGUCUAUUUCGAAAAUUGACAAUUAUCUCAGAGAGCAUAAUCCACCGUUAGCAAUGGAGUCUAUGGUUGUUCUUACAAGCAUUACUAUUGGCGGGGCUAUCGCACCGGGAUGUCAUGGUGCAACAACAGAAGCAAGAACGCUUGCAGAACAGGUUGUUGGCUUGGAAAUAGUUACUGGUUCGGGUGAACUACAUAAGUUUGUAGAUGACCCCAACAACCCGGAUGAGAUGAGUGCAGCGCGUGUCAGUUUAGGACUAUUGGGCGUCAUCUACAAAGUGUCUUUCCGUGUCAAGCCAAUGUUCAAACUUCGAAUGAUAGACACGCUUCCGUUGGUAUCGCAGUUUACCAACAAAUAUCUUGAAAAUCUUGUAAAAAACUCUUUUGGAAUUGAAGUAUUUUAUUGGCCGUUUAACUCCUCACCAACAGGAAAAAGGGAUCCUUCGAAAGAUAAACUAUGGGUAAAAACAUGGAAACUUACCAAUGAUAACGUUACUUACGGUGCACUUGAGACCACCUUGUAUCAUCAAGCCCAAAGCAUUUCUAUGGUCAUAGCCAGCGCAGUUUACCAACAGCUUUUAACACAUCCAGACCGCACACCUUUUAUUACUUACCUUGGAGGCAAACUUAGGCUGGCAGAACGUAAUAAUGUGUGGUUAGCACCGGAUGCAAUUCAUUAUCAGGCCGGCAUUGAUAGUGUUCUUUCCCUCGAUACGGAAUUUGCUAUCAAAAUUGACAAUGACUUUACAAAUGUCAUUACCGAAUUGCACUACAUUAUUGACAGAAUUGAUUAUUACCAAAAACAAGGAAAAUUUCCCAUAAACUUAGUCGCCGAAUUCCGAAUUCUGAAAAGUUCAAAGGCUCUCCUGUCAACCGCAUACGAUGAUGAUCCUGACGCCUAUUAUCUCUUCAUUGAGGUUCUUUCUAUUACGAAAACGCCAGGCUAUUAUGAGUUUGCUAACGAGCUUGGUACACGGUGGAUGAAAUUGUACAAUGCAAGACCUCACUGGGCCAAAUAUUGGGAAAAUAUUCCAAAUAUUAAAAGCUACCUUCAUGAAAAGCUGCAAAGUAAAAUCCAAAGAUUUGAGGCGGUUCGCAGAAAGUAUGAUCCAACAAACGUGUUUUUCGACAACGCUUCCCUUCGCCGGGUAUUUUAUGGCGCCUAA